UUGUAGUCAUAAAUUUGGAAUAAGAAUUUCUACUAUUGAGAUCAUUUGUUGGAUGUGAUACCAUAAAAACAUUUACAUAAAUAUACAUACAUAUGUGUGUAAAUGUAUACCUCUUUGACUAAACAAUCAUGACACUUGGCGAGGUUCCGAAAACCAGUGAAAAGUACAAUGCUCGGGAAAUUAAUAAUGGAGUACAUGUAAACGACCAAAUUAAUGAUAAUAUAAAGCAGAACGAUGCCACUAUAUCAUUUCUGCGAGCUGCUCGCAGCGGAGACCUUCGAAAGGUGCUUGAUUUUAUAGAAAGUAAGGAGAUUACGGACAUUAACAGUUCCAAUGCGAAUGGUCUUAAUGCCCUUCACUUAGCUGCCAAAGAUGGCUAUGUGGAUUUAUGCAGUGAGUUGUUAAGACGUGGUAUCAAGGUGGAUAAUGCUACAAAAAAAGGAAAUACGGCCCUGCAUAUAGCUUCGUUAGCGGGGCAACAAGAUGUAAUACAGCAACUUCUAUUGUCCAAUGCUAAUGUAAAUGUUCAGUCUUUAAAUGGCUUUACGCCAUUGUAUAUGGCAGCUCAGGAGAAUCAUGAUAGUUGCUGUCGCCUUCUUCUGGCUAAUGGCGCCAAUCCUUUACUGGCCACGGAAGAUGGCUUCACCCCUUUGGCAGUGGCCAUGCAGCAGGGUCAUGAUAAGAUCGUAGCUGUUCUCCUCGAAAACGACAUACGCGGUAAGGUUCGACUCCCGGCGUUGCAUAUUGCAGCGAAAAAGAACGAUGUAAAGGCUGCAAUACUUUUGCUACAAAAUGAUAAUGCUGAUAUUGUCUCGAAGUCUGGAUUCACUCCCUUGCAUAUUGCUGCUCAUUACGGUAAUGUGGAUAUCGCCACUCUGCUUUUGGAUAACUCUGCCGAUGUUAAUUAUGCGGCAAAACAUCAAAUAUCGCCUUUGCACGUGGCCUGUAAAUGGGGCAAAGACCAGGUUUGUCGGCUACUACUCUCGAGAGGAGCAAAAAUUGAUGCACCAACGCGGGAUGGGCUAACACCGCUCCAUUGCGCCUCCCGUUCUGGUCAUGUUAAGGUCAUUGAGUUGCUUUUGAGUCAGAAAGCUCCAAUAUUAACCAAGACCAAGAACGGGUUAUCCGCUCUCCAUAUGGCCGCCCAAGGGGAGCACGAUGAGGCAGCGCGUCUUCUUCUGGACAACAAGGCUCCCGUGGAUGAAGUAACCAUUGAUUAUCUAACAGCUCUUCAUGUGGCAGCUCAUUGUGGUCAUGUUAAGGUGGCCAAGCUAUUGCUGGAUUAUGGUGCCAAUCCAAAUGCUAGAGCUCUUAAUGGCUUUACGCCCUUGCAUAUAGCGUGCAAAAAAAACAGGAUAAAAAUUGUUGAAUUGCUAAUAAAGCAUGAAGCUAAUAUUGGUGCCACCACGGAAUCGGGUUUAACGCCUCUGCAUGUUGCCAGCUUCAUGGGCUGCAUGAAUAUAGUAAUAUAUUUACUGCAACAUAAUUCCAAUCCGGAUGUACCAACAUUACGCGGCGAAACAGCACUCCAUUUGGCAACACGAGCCAACCAGUCUGACAUCAUACGCAUACUUCUUCGGAACGGCGCUCAAGUGGAUUCCAUAGCCCGCGAGGGACAGACCCCGCUCCAUGUUGCCUCUCGCUUGGGUAAUAUCAAUAUUAUAAUGCUCAUACUUCAGCAUGGUGCGCAGAUUAAUGCUGAGACCAAAGAUAAAUACACUCCGCUCCACAUAGCAGCUAAAGAAGGUCAGGAUGAGGAGGUAAUCAAACUGCUCCUUGAAAAUGGAGCACAUCUCGAUGCUGUUACCAAAAAAGGCUUUACUCCCUUGCACUUGGCAAGUAAAUAUGGCAGAGAGAAGAUCGUAUCACUUUUACUAGACAAAGGAGCAAGCAUAGAUUCUCUCGGUAAGAAUGAAGUAUCACCUUUGCUGGUAGCUACACACUACAACCAUCAGGCGGUCGUGGGUUUACUCCUAAAGAAAGGUGCCUCUGCCAAGUUGUGUGCUAGAAAUGGACAAAGUGCCCUACACAUUGCUGCCAAAAAAAAUAAUAUGGAAGUUGCGCAAUUAUUGUUACAAAAUGGAGCGGAUGUUGACUCUAUGAGCAGAAGUGGGUUUUCGCCAUUGCAUUUGGCGGCACAAGAGGGAUACAUUGAUAUGGUUCAACUUCUGCUUGAAUAUAGUGCCAAGAGUACAGCGGCUAAAAAUGGACUAAUACCUCUGCAUUUAGCCGCACAGGAAGGUCAUGUUCAUGUCACACGUUUACUCUUGGAUUAUGGCUCUCCGAUUUCACAGCGUACUAAAAAUGGGUAUUCUCCAUUACACAUUGCCGCGCAUUAUGGCCAUCUUAAUUUGGUAAAGUUUUUACUUGAAAAUGAUGCAGAUAUCGAAAUUACAACUAACACUGGCUUCACGCCAUUGCAUCAAGCGGCGCAGCAGGGUCAUGUCCUGAUUAUUAAUCUUUUGCUGCGUCACAAGGCUAAUCCCGAAGCCUUAACGAAUACCGGCAAGACAGCUUUAGAUAUUGCCAGCAAUUUGGGAUAUGUGACUGCAAUGGAAACUCUAAAAAUUGUCACAAAAACGUCCGUUGUUGAUAUAAAUACUGGUGUAUUUGAGGAAAAAUUCAAGGUAUUAUCACCGGAGAUAAUGCAUGAGACAUUAUUAUCCGAUUCUGAGGAUGACGAUGCAGGGGAUGAUUUUUUGGAUCAUAAUCAUUAUAAAUAUAUGGAAACGGAUGAUCUGAGAGCUAAUUGUGGAGGGGCGGACCAGCAAAACUUUGAUACUACUAAUCCUGAUCAAAUCGAUCAUGUCACGUCGGAACAUUUGGAAAAAGAAACAAUGCAGCUACAAUUGCAAAGCUUUAAUGGUUCGGAAAACCGAAAAAAUUUAGAUAAUGUGCCCAUUGUUCGUCCUCCAAUACAUUUGGGAUUUCUGGUUUCGUUUUUGGUGGACGCCCGUGGUGGUUCGAUGCGCGGCUAUCGUCAUAGUGGCGUCAGAAUUAUUGUGCCGCCAAAAGCCUGUUCUGAACCAACCCGAAUCACUUGCCGUUAUGUGAAACCGCAACGAAUAGCCAAUCCGCCGCCUCUAAUGGAGGGGGAGGCUCUAGUGAGUCGUAUUUUGGAAAUGACACCUGUUGAGGGAAAAUUUUUAAGCCCCAUAACCUUAGAAGUACCCCACUUUGGCACUCUUAGAGAAAAUGAACGCGAAAUUAUCAUACUCAGAUCCGAUAACGGCGAGAGUUGGCGCGAACACAACUUGUACGAGAGCGAGGAUGAGAAUAAAAUUAUUACCGAUACAAUCGACAGGCAGAUAGAAGAUUUGGCAACUAAUCGCAUAGUUCGCAUUGUAACACAGAAUGUUCCACACUUCUUUGCCGUUGUUUCACGCGUCCGGCAGGAGGUGCACGCCAUUGGACCGGAUGGGGGAACUGUUUACUCUACGGCGGUACCUGAAGUUCAAGCGACAUUUCCGCGUCACGCCUUGACUAAGAAAAUUCGUGUCGGUCUUCAGGCACAGCCAGUUGACCUGGUUGGAUGUUCCAAGCUCUUGGGACAAGGUGUUGCUGUCUCACCGGUAGUUACAGUGGAGCCACGUCGUCGAAAAUUUCACAAAGCAAUAACUUUGAGUAUUCCAGCGCCGAAGGCAUCUUCCAGCGGAAUGGUAAAUGCGUGUUUUGCCGGUGGAAAUGCCGGCAAUCCUCCAACACUACGACUGUUGUGUUCCAUAACCGGCGGACAGACGCGAGCAGCUUGGGAAGAUGUCACGGGAUCUACGCCGCUAUCUUUCGUCAAAGACAGCAUUACCUUUACGACGACUGUGUCAGCCAGAUUUUGGUUAAUGGACUGUCGGAAUAUUAGCGAUGCUAGUCGAAUGGCUACUGAGCUAUACACUCAUCUAGCCAAGGUUCCAUUCAUCGCCAAGUUUGUUGUAUUUGCCAAACGUAUUUCCCAAACGGAAGCCAAGUUCUCGGUGUUUUGCAUGACGGACGAUAAAGAGGAUAAGACACUAGAACAGCAGGAAUACUUUACAGAAAUUGCCAAGAGUCGUAACAUCGAAGUAUUGCAAGAUCAAAUAAUUUAUCUAGAGUUUAGUGGUAACAUUGUUCCCGUUUUAAAAACAGGCGAGCAACUGAGUAUCAAGUUCGAAGCCUUCUGCGAGAAUCGAUUAUCGUUUAUUGGCCACAUUAAAGAUCCGGAAAUGCCACACGGACGUAUCAAUUUUAUGAGCGAGCCGAAGGCCAAGCCCGAUGAAGCUCCACUUAAUCCAAUUUGUUCUCUCAGUGUGGAUCUUUAUAUUGAAACAUUAAACAAAAUAAAAUUACUCAAAAAAACAGAGUAUCAGCCAAAUAAUUGUAAUAAUAAAACGAUAGAAACUGCAACUAGCAAAAACGAAAUGAUUAUCGAAAAUAAAAUAGAAUGUGGCAAGAAUAAAAAACUUACCGAAAAUGCUACAGCCGAUUUCCGCCUAAUCGACAUAUGUCGAUAUAUAGGACAGGAUUGGCCGCAAUUAGCGAUGGAAUUGGAUGUACCCGAAGCCGAUAUCGAGCUGGUCAAAGCGGAGUACUCUGGUGAGGAUUUUGCCCGGCAAGGCAUUAUCAUGUUGCAGAUGUGGUUGGACCGACAUGGCGGUACCGUCGCUGAACGAAGUAUGCUAGCGAAAGCUCUAUACAAAAUCCACAGAUCUGAUAUAGUACAGAAGUGUAUUUAUAAAUCAGAGCACGAGAGUCCCAACACAACAGAAGGAUAUCAAAAGAACAGCGGAAAUUCUGAACCAGAAGAAGAAGUCGGAGACUGUAAUAAAGAAUUAAACCAUCCUUUGACAGGUACUGGUAAAAUUCUAUCGCAGGACGUAAUUCUACAGUCGGGUAAUAAUUUGGAUGCAUAGAAUAUAUAUAUACUACAUAUAUAUGUAAAUUGACUUCAAAACUAAGGAAUAACGGACAAUGUCUCCAAUUUAAUAUAUAACAAAAAUGAUUAACCGAAUUACUCAUAUUUAUUUCUGUUUAAUAUAUGGGCAUUUCCCGAAAAAAGGUCUACCAGGAUGCUUAAAUUAAAAGUAUAAACUUGUGAAGAAUAUAAUCAACUUACGGCAUAUUUAUGUUUUUAUUUUAAAAUAUUUGAACCGAAACUCACAGGUACGAAACUCAUAGGUAGCGAGUGUAAGUGCUGGCUUUUUAUUCUCCUUCGUAUUUAUUUAAUAUUCGUUUUUUGAUUACAUUUUUGUAUCCAGAUUUUUGUAGCAACAAUAAAUUAAAAAGAAACUAUAAAAAGA